AUGUGUCCUAUUUGUCUGCAUGAACCAGAGACCACAGAACAUGCAUUGCUACUCUGUCCCUGGACUAGAGCAGCAUGGUUUGGAGCACAAAUCCAGUGUUGUCCUACAGACCUAUCAGUCUCUUCUUUUGGGAAGUGGUUGAUGGAUAUUUUAGGAAAAAUGAAGUUGAAUAUAGGGGUUGAGUAUGAUCUUUGGUGUAGUAAGGUUGGUUGUCUAGUUUGGGAAAUGUGGAAAGCAAGAAAUCUAGCAGUGCAUCAGAGGACUAGUCCUAAUCCAACAGCUGUGAUUUGCAAAGCUAAACUAAUGGAACUAGAAUUUGCAGAAUUGGAAGAGGAACCAGAGAAGCAUUCAACUAGUGUGAAAAGGUUAGGAGCCACAGCAGCGGUAUACAGAGACCCUAACGGAUCCCUUCUCGCAGGAAUCAACUCCACAAUAGUCGCCACUUCGCCGUUAGCUGCGGAAGCAUUAGCGGUUAGGGAAGCUCUAAUUAUGUCAAGAAAUUUUCAGAUGGAGAAGGUUAUCAUAGAAUCAGAUAAUCAGAUACUGGUUCAAGCUUUAAAAUCACAUGCAUCAAUAGAAGCCAUUCAGGUUGCUGGUAGAAUGGUGAAGUUGUGUCUGUUGCAUGUGCGAAUAACUAGCUUGAGCAUAGUCUAUGUUAGAUUAGGUGGUGUUCUGCGGUACUGGAUUGCUGUUGCUGGAGGGUGGAGGGGGUUGACAGCGGGAGGGGUUGACAGCAGCCUUGAAAUCGGAACACUUGCAAAGGGAAUGUGA